AUGACAACACCAGUGUCAUACCAUUCCCCCAGGUCAUAUCUAGUAGCAAGUGUUACUGCCAGGACAGUCACAACACCAGUGUCAUACCAUUCCCCCAGGUCAUAUCUAGUAGCAAGUGUUACGGCCAGGACAGUGACAACACCAGUGUCAUACCAUUCUCCCAAGUCAUAUCUAGUAGCAAGUGUUACGGCCAGGACAGUGACAACACCAGUGUCAUACCAUUCCCCUAGGUCAUAUCUAGUAACAAGUGUUACGGCCAGGACAGUGACAACACCAGUGUCAUACCAUUCUCCCAGGUCAUAUCUAGUAGCAAGUGUUACAGCCAGGACAGUGCCAUCACCAGUGUCAUACCAUUCUCCCAGUUCAUAUCUAGUAGCAAGUGUUACGGCCAGGACAGUGCCAUCACCAGUGUCAUACCAUUCUCCCUGUUCAUAUCUAGUAGCAAGUGUUACGGCCAGGUCAGUGACAACUCCAGUGUCAUACCAUUCUCCCAGGUCAUAUCUAGUAGCAAGUGUUACGGCCAGGACAGUGACAACACCAAUGUCAUACCAUUCCCCCAGGUCAUAUCUAGUAGCAAGUGUUACGGCCAGGACAAUGACAACACCAGUGUCAUACCAUUCCCCCAGGUCAUAUCUAGUAGCAAUGUUACGGCCAGGACAGUGA